AUGGACGAGGAACCUCACGCCCACGAAAAUCUGGUGGCCAAAGCCCAGAGAUCCGGAGAAAAGGAUCCUGAAACUGACAGCACCAGUAGUGAGGAGAGUGUUUCCGGAAACAGUAGUCCCGAAGUGCCAUCCGUUACAACGGGAACCGAACUUCCGGGAGAUCCGCCGACUUCAAACCACCAAUCACUGGGAAUAUAUCUGCUCGAGCCCUUUAUUCUCAUCCUGCUCUUCGCCUACAAUUUCUCGUCAACCGUUUUGAAGAAUGAAGUCAUCUACCAGAGCUGCACAGCGGCUUUUGGUUAUCCGGAUAGCAUUUGCCGGCUGCUGGGAACCAAAAAUGCCACAAAUGAGACAAAGAGAAUUGAGGAACAGGUGCAACCAUAUGCUGCCAAUGUCACUCUGGCCAUGAGGAUAGUGGAGUGCUUCAUUCCGGCUUUCUGUGGACUCUUCGCCGGAGCCUGGGCAGAUCGCUACGGGCGCAAGCCCCUGCUCAUGUGCUCCUUUCUGGGCUACGGUAUGCAGUAUCUAAUCUCAGCCGCGAUCGCCUAUUUUGCCAUGCUGAACCACGGCCUGGUCAGUCCCUGGUGGUAUGUGCUCUCCAUCGUACCGCUCUCCUGCCUGGGAAGCAGUGUCACCUAUUCCGUGGCCGCCGUUUGCUUCAUUGGCGAUGUCUCCGUGGGCAGAAUUCGAUCAUACAGGAUGAUUGCCUAUGAGCUGGCCAUUUAUGUGGGCCUGCUCCUUGGCAGUUUUGGAUCUGGUUACGCCUACGAGGCCACCGAUUCCUAUGUCGUGCUCAGCAUCUCUGCAGUUUCCAUUUUCACGGCCCUUUUUCUAAUGAUACUCCUUCUUCCGGAGAGUUUGCCCAUCAGGAAUCGGACUGUGUCAACUUCAUCGGCGGACACAAGUGUCGUCGCUCUGCUAAAGAAAUUGUGGAGCACCUGCACAAAGCCCCGCGAGCACCGAAAUCGCUUUAUUUUGCUUACCAUUAUGGUGGUGCUAUUCCUAACCGCUUUUGUCUCAGAUGGUAGCAAUUCUGUGUUUUACAAGUUUAUGAGGAUUAAGUUCCAUUGGACCGUGAAGCAGUUCACCGAGUACGAAUCGGUCAGCAUUCUGGUUCCCGCAGUGGCAGGCUCCGGUGGAGUACUCUUUCUGUGGUCCCUGAGAAAGUGCACCAAUUCAGCGGUCCUUUGGCUGGCCUUGGCAUCCCUCCUGAGUCACUUUUCCAGCAGCUUGAUGAAGGGUUUCGCCCUGGUUAGCUGGCAGAUCUAUGUGGCCAUUGGACUAGGCGUGUUCAAGUCCCUGGUGAAUCCCAUGUGCCGCACCAUGAUCACCAAUCUCCUGCCCGCUGAUGAGAGGGGUAAGAUCUUCGCACUACUUGGUGUGUUGCAAUCCCUCUCCCCGCUUGUAUCAUCCACGCUAUAUGUUGCGAUCUAUACCCGGACACUGGACAGCGAGCCGGGGAUUUUCAAUGUGUUUAGCGCCUUUCUAUAUGGCAUAGGUAUUAUUCUGCUGUGCAUUGUUUGGCUGAAGAAGACGAGAAAUCAGGUGUACUAUGAGCCGGUUUUUAAGUGAUUCUUCGCCCGAAGAAAGUGCCAGUCACGCCAAAGUUUGGCAUAUCAGUUACACAGAUGUAUUGUUGAACUAUCGAGCCGGGAACUUCCCCCGAUUACCACUUAAUUUAUUUGCCUACUACUACUACUAUUUUCGCGCACACCCUCUGUUCUGCUAAUCUCUCGCUAUCGAUCUCACUUUCCCUUCCCUUGGGAAAAAUGGUUUUAUUACAGAAUUCGAAAUAUUUUCUCAUUAACAAAAAAAUAUGGGUUAUAUUAUUGCUGGCAGCGAAAUGGCGUGUGCGCAGUCACUUGACAGCUCUUACCGAAUAUCUAUAAAAAUAUUGAGAAUAUGCAUACGUUUGUGGGUCCAAUGAUUGGUGUUGACUCCAGAUUUGAGCAAAUGCUAAUUCCACUUGCUAAUUUUGAAUUAGUCGCCAGGUUUUUACACCCUUGAUCGAGAUUGAUCGUAUAUCUUUUAGGCGUUGUAAGCAAAAAAAAACCGAAUGAAACUCAAUUUACGCACAAAUUUACAGCCGCAACAGAGCGUAACGAAAUCCUUGAAAUUGUACAUGAAUUCUAUCAGACCAUGUCACCUGGCCAA